AGGAUACUACUACUAUUUUGAAAGCAGCAAUGCGAUAUGGGAGCUUAUGUCAACAUGGAUGGGUCAAAAAGGAAUAUAUUAUAUUUGUGGAAGAUAUCGAGAGACGAAUGGAUUAUGUUUGAAGCGAUUUUCAAUGCUACUGCCGAUUUCAAGAUUGGGUGGUGGCUAGAGUUUGACAGUUCCAGUUAUCCAUACGGAGAUGGAGCUUUUGAUGAUAUUGUAAUUACUCAAGAAGAAUGUCCUGCCGCUGUCACAAGUUUGUCCUGCAAUUUUGACAGUGGCAGCUGUGGUUUCAUUACUGAUGUUGACACAAGCAGUGUCAACCACAUGUGGAACUUGUUCAAGGGCAGCACCCCGAGUGGUUACACAGGUCCUUCCAGUGACCACACUUCAGGCAGUGGAUACUAUUAUUAUGCAGAAACUUCAAAUAAACAAUCUGGGGACAUUGACAGACUUCUGACACCAGUUAUCUCCAGUGGUCAAGGCAGCUGCUCAUUUGUGCUGAAUUUUUGGUACCAUGCGUAUGGUUCCAACCUGGGCAGACUUGAUGUCAAGUAUCUUCUAGUGGGAGACAGCACAUUACAGGGGCCAUUAUGGAGCCAUGUCAACUCCCCUUCAUCAAACAGCUGGAAGGAGAUGACAGUUCAAUUUUCAAGCAACCAACCCUUCCAGUUUGUAUUUGAAGUGACCUGUGGCAGUAGUUACACAGGAGAUUAUGGCAUUGAUGAUGUGACCGUAUCAGAGGAUUGUCCUUUAAAUUUACCCUGGAGCUGUUCAUUUGAUGCUGAUAAAUGUGGCAUGAUUGACCAAACAGAUGAUGAUGUGGACUGGAUCAGAAAAACAGGAAGCACUUUGUCAUCAAGUACGGGUGCCAGUGCAGACCACACCAGUGGGUCAGGACACUACAUGUACAUUGAGGCAUCUGAUGAUUUUAUGAGCGAUUCUGAUAAAGCUCGUUUGGCCACACCCUACCUGAAUAACCCUAGUGGCUGCACUGGAAGAGUGAGUUUUUGGUAUCAUGCCUAUGGAGAUGGUCUAGGUCAUCUGAAGGUGUUUUACAUGAAGGUGGGUGACAGCACACUGUAUGGGCCGGUAUGGACACACCCAGGGGUUACCGAAUCUCACAACCAAUGGAAAACUGGGUCUGUUGAAAUUCCUACUACUUCAGCUUAUAAGGUGGUGUUUGAAGCAUCUAGGGGCACAAGUUCAAAAAGUGAUUACUGUUUGGAUGAUAUUUCAAUAACAGCAGGUCGCUGUGGUGGAUGGUGGUUUAACUGCGAUUUCGAACAAGAUGAAUGUGGUCUGGUGCAGUCUACAGAAGACGAUGGAGACUGGACAAGACACGCAGGAUCUACAAGUACGUCCGGCACUGGGCCAUCAGGUGACCACACCACAGGCUCUGGAUACUACAUGUACAUGGAGGCAAAUUCUAUGGAGGACGAUGAGUAUGUCAUCCUGGAGACCCCACUGUUUCCAGUACUCAACACACAGUGUACCACUGUCACUGUGAAUCUUUGGUACCAUGCAUUGGGAAAUAAGUGGAAGUCAUUCAAGGUGUCCUAUGUGGAUUCCAUUGGAAGUUACACACUGUUUCAUAUCAAAGAAUGGGAGAAAGAUUUUUGGCGUUUUGUUACAUCCUCUUUUAAGCCUAGUGUGAAUUUUAAGGUACAGUUUUAUGCUGAAAGAAAGGAUGGUGAGGCAGCAGACAUUGCAAUUGAUGACAUUUCUAUAUCACAAGCUGAUUGUGCAGUGAACACUGCUCAUGAGUUGUCACAAGCAUCUCCAUACCAGUGUACAUUUGAUGAUGGCACUUGUCAGUUUGUACAAGAUGGACACUCUGAUGAUAAUUUUGACUGGUAUCUCAACACCCAGGACACAGAUAAAUCAAAUACAGGCCCCAGUCAGGAUCACACUUCAGGAAUUGGAUAUUACUAUUAUGUCAACACAGAGCUGAAUGAUGAGGAUGGUCACACGGCACGUCUGCUGUCUCCCAAUUUUCACUCAAGCUGUGGUGGUGCCACACUGGGUUUCUGGUAUAAUGCUGAUGGAAAUGAUCUCGCUGGCCUGAAUGUAAAGCUGAAGAAAGUUGGAAGCAGUGAGAAUCUGUUGUGGCGCCAUGAUGGAACUGAUGAAGAUGAUGUCUGGCGUGAAGUUACACUGGAAAUAGACUCGGAUACAAAUUUUGUUAUUGUGUUUGAAACUGAAUCCCAAGGAGAUGAAGGAGAAUAUGCAAUAGAUGAUGUUACUUUAACAGUCCCAUCUGAUUGUGGGGAGCUUACUUACAAUUUUACCUGUAACUUUGACACAAAUGACUGUGGCGUCACCCAGCGAACAGAUGAUAAUGGUGACUGGCAGCGUAAUAGUGGUACUACCAGCACAUCAGGCACUGGUCCUAGCAGUGACCAUUCAGGUUCUGGGAGCUACUUCUAUAUAGACGGCACAGACUUUGGUGAGGAAGAGUAUGCUGUAUUUGAAACACCUCCCAUUGAUUUGGCCUAUAAUUGUAGUCUUGUAACACUGCGUUAUUGGUACCAUGGAUAUGGCAAUGAUCUCCACUCCUUGUCUUCAAAGUUAGUGGAUGAUGGGGGUGAACACUGGAUUCACUUCAUAAAAAUUAUCUCGUACAACAAGUGGUUUCUUGUCGAAUCUUCUUUCAAACUAUUCAGUAAAUUCAGAGUGCGAUUUACAGCAACAACAGAUGAUGGAGAACAGAGUGAUUUAGCAGUGGAUGACAUUUCUGUUUCCCAAACCGACUGCAAUGAAAAUGCAUUGACACAGUUCAGCUGUACAUUUGAAGAUGGGGUGUGUGGCUUUGAGCAGGAUUGGGAUGAUGAUACAAACUUCUUCCUAUCUACAAGACAGACUGUGAGCUCUGGCACUGGACCUAGUGGAGAUUAUACAGAUAUGUCAGAUACAACUGGUUAUUUCUUCUAUUUGGAGGGAUCUGACCCUUCACCUCAGCCCAAUGGAGCAAUAGCACGAGUACGAACACCUUGGAUUGACCUUGGCUCAACUGGUGCCUGUGCAGCUGCUUUAAAUUUCUGGUACCAUGCUUUUGGUGCUGCACUUGGUGACCUACGGGUUUAUUAUCACCUGGAUGAUGGCAGCAAUGACAAACUGCUUUGGUCACAAGGAGGCAGUUCAGAAGACAAAUGGAAAUCCAAGUUAUUACUAUUACCUCUUAAAAAUAUCAAGUUUCAGAUUGUUUUUGAAGCUCAGAGGGGAAACAAUCAUAAGUCUGAUUAUGCUAUAGAUGAUGUGAACAUUUUGACCCAGAUGAACUGUGAAAACCUUGCCUUUGGAAAAGAGGCGUAUGCUGGUAGCACAAAUGCAGUUUCACCUUAUCAAGCUUUAGAUGGAAACCUAGAUCCAAUUUAUUCACAUAAAUCCUGCUGGGAAUCUAAUGCUAUGACAGAUCCUUGGUUUGUAGUAGAUCUUCAGAGAUACACCUUUAUAACCACUGUAACUAUUACAGGGAGAGGGGACUGCUGCAAUGACCAUCUUCAUGACUUUGUUAUAUCUGUGACUGAUGAGUUUGACAUUGACAGAGGACAUAAUUCUAGUACUUGGAUUUGGUGUUCUAACUAUACUGGAACAUGGCCUGCAGGGGGAGCCACUGACACUUUUAACUGUGCCAGUCCACUAGCAGGCAGAUAUGUCUCCAUUCAGAUAGAAGGAAACAAUGAAAUUAUGAAUCUGUGUGAAAUACAAGUGAAAGGAGAUGAUAAUAGUGGUCUACCAUAUGAAACCAGCUGUGACUUUGAGAACUCCACCAUUUGCAACUUUAAUCAGCUCACAUCAGAUCAGUUUGACUGGACUUUGAAGAGCGGAUCCACUCCUACUGCAAGCACUGGACCUUCUGCUGACCCUAUAACAAAAGAAGGCAUAGGACAUUACUUGUAUAUUGAAGUAGAUGGACAAUCAAAUGGUGCCAUGGCUGCUUUGGAAACUCCAGAUCUUGAGGUUCAUCAGUGUGGAUUAGUGACUUUGAGAUUCUGGGCACACAUCUAUGGUGGUGAUGUCAAUGCACUGACUGUAAUUUUACUUGAAAAGGAAUCUGGACAGUCGACUUUCAACAGAAAUAUGAAACUUUUCCAUCUAAAUGAGGUCCAGAAUGCAUGGAAGGAAUAUACAUGGAUCCUACAACCAUCUGGAAUUACUCAUUUUAAAAUUCAGUUUAAUGGUAUUGCUGGAGCUGGAACUGGUGGAGAUAUAGCUAUUGAUGGUAUUAGAGUGAUUCAGGUGCCUGGCAACUGUAAAGAAGUUGUGUCCACCCCAGCAUCCUUUCAAUUUGACGGUGAUAACUGUGGUUUCUCACAGGAUAAAGAUGAAGAGUUGGAGUGGACUCUUUAUAAGAGAGAAGCUCCAGGGAGGAGUAGCACUGGACCACAGGCAGAUCACACAGGGAAUGAUGGAUUCUACUACCUGCUGGAACCCAGAUAUCAGACUGCUUCUUCACAAGCCAUAGCAAGGAUAAGAUCCCCAUGGAUAAACAUUUCACAGGAACACUGCCAGGCCACUGUAAGCUUUGAGUACCAUGCAUUUGGAUCUCAUUUGGUGACAUUCAAUGUGAAAUACCAGAUAAAUGGCAGCAGCCAGGUAUAUACAGCAUGGACUCAUGACAGCAGUAGUCAAGAUCAGUGGAGACAUGUGGAUGUCCUCAUAAACACUACGGAGAGGUUCCAAGUCAUAUUUGAAGGAAUAAAAGCAUCAGGUGCCACGGUGGAUGACAGCUCUAUUGCUAUUGAUGAUAUAACAAUAACAAAGGCAGCCUGUGGCUGCACACCUCCACCCAAUGGUACCAUGGCCUCCUACAGCCCAGUGAAAACCCACUAUAGGAACUCAGAGGAGGUUCAGUACACUUGUGAUGCUGGUUAUUCACAGAGUGCAGGGAAUGUAAGCUUUACCUGUGGAGUGACUGGACAGUGGGCAGGAGGGGCACCAUUGGAGUGUGACCGAUGUAAUGACCCUGGUGAGGGGGUGAAUGCCACAAAAACAGUGGGGGGAUAUCAGAUAGGAGGAGAUGUCACAUAUGGCUGUUUGCCAGGCUACGAUGUUGUCAAUGGAUCUUUAAGACUCACAUGCCAGGCAAACUUUACUUGGGACGGACAUCCACCAACAUGUGCAUACCUAGCAGAUAAAACACAGUGCGCCAGUCCUUGGGGUUAUGGGUACUGGGGCAACUGCUUCAUCAUCAAUUCAACAGAAGUUUCUCCAUCUGAAGCCAGAAGGAAAUGUUUGGAAUUUGGUGGCUAUAUAGCCGUGCCAGCAGACACUGACAUAAAGAGUCAUCUUCAGAAUGUCCUCUCCACAUUACCACAGUACUCAUCAAUUUCAAAAUGGCUGGUUGGCUUACACGAUCCAUAUUCUUUAAAUGUUUAUCGCAGUGUUGAUGGCUCCUUCACAGAUGUUACAGGUAUCAUGGAUACCAAUGAACCAUCUGAUGUUUGGAACCAAUUCAUGGUUAUGUCACAGGGUAGUGGAUAUUUACUGCAGGAUUUUAAUGACUCAGCCUCCUCUUUUAUCUGUCAAAAGAAUUAUGGAUACCUGGGAUGCUACCAGAAACCGACAAUCUCCGAAGCAGAAGUAACCAGUGAUAAACACAUGUCAGCAUUACAGUGUAUAGAGUACUGCCGGGGACUUGAUUACCCUAUAGUUGCUCUGUCCCUCACUCACUGCUAUUGUAGAACAAGCUAUAAUGAUUUAGCAAAAGCAGACGAAAUGAUGUGUGAGGAGACGUGCACUGGGAAUUCGCUGGAAAACUGUGGUGGUGCCAGUCAUGCCCUUUUGUUUAUAACUCCGUUAUAUCACUUCAAAGCGUUAUCUUGUGAAUCUCUAAAAAGUCAAGGUGUGGUUCUCCCUGGUAAAUACUGGAUACGCCCUGAUGGGAAAGAGGUUUCUUUGAGGGUGGAAUGCUUCAUGGAACCCUGCAGUGAGUCUCUGUUAUCAUCCAGUCAAGUAGAAGUGUCAUCAGAAGCAGCAGAAGCCAACUUUCAAAAACAAAGCAUUCAUCUUUAUGAUGAAGGUGCAUGGGCUCCAAAUACUUCUGAUAGUGCCCCCUGGGUCAAGCUCACCUUUAAUACCAGGCGCAUUGUAACUGGGAUUGUCACACAAGGGGGUUAUACCACACAGUCCACUUCAACAAACUGGAUAACACAGUACAGAGUUACCUACAAUGAUGGAAAGGGGUGGCACAACUAUUCUUCCAAUGGAACUCUGGAGCUGUCAGGGAACACUGAUUGGAAUGGGCUGGUUACACAGUAUAUGCACCCACCAUUCAUAGCAGAUGCCAUAAGUAUACAUCUUCUGGCCUGGAAUGGGAGACCUGAAUUGCGCUUAGAAGUACUUGGAUGCUCGAUUCAAUCAGUGGAUGAUAAUGAUAAUUAUGUUGGAUGCUACAUAGAGUCUAGUGGUGCUUUGUCAGAAAUGCCUGUUUCUGCUGGUACUGUCACAACAGCAGAUGAAUGCAUCAAUAACUGCAGGAACCUUGAUAUGAUCUAUGCUGGAAUCAGUGUUGGGAAUUGUUCCUGUAGCAACAGCCUUGGCAGAAUUGGUCAACUCAAGAAAUCCAGCCAUUGUAAACAAAAAUGCACUGGUAACACCAAUCAAUAUUGUGGUGAUGAGGGAAUGCUAUCAGUGUACAGAGUAUGGGAUUUUCAAUGCCCUCCCAUUCCACAAGUAUCUCGUGCCAGAUCAAACAGCACUUCCAGAACCCAUGGUUCUGUGGUUGGGUAUCAGUGUGAUACAGGAUAUAUGUUUCCAUCUGAUGCAGAGAACAUAACAGCAAUACAAUGUGAACAGGUACAGUGGACACAGACACCCCCAGAUUGCCAGGUUGUUAAUUGCACAACCUCACCACCAUCAGUUGCAAACAGCACCAGUGUGCAAGGAGGCAUCAGAUAUGGCAGCAAUGUGAACUACACUUGUUAUAAUGGAUAUCAGCUUCCAAAUGGAGCUGUAUUCACACAGAGCACCUGUCAGGCUGAUGGGACAUGGAGCAAUAUUUUGGUACACUGCGAGCCCAAGCAUUGUGGCAGCAGGCCAUCAGUGACAAAUGCGUUAGUUGUGCUCGAUGAAGGCACAGUUGUCACAUCCAGAAUCAGCUACCACUGCAAUCCUGGCUACCAGAUAGAAGGUUCUGAUGGCUUGGUACAGGAGGUCACUUGUUCUCUGGAGGCUCAGUGGAACACCACUGAAUUGGAAAAUUGCACAGAGGCCCCUACCUUUGUUGGCUGUGUGUUGAGCAAUGGUGGACUACAUGGAACAGGAGCUACACAGAGUUUGGCUGGUAUACAGCAGGCAAAAAAUAACUAUGCACUAAGAUGUAUCACAGAAUGCAAACAAAAUGGCUAUGCAUUAGCUGGAUUAAGUGAGGGAAGUUCCUGUCAGUGUGGACAGACAUACAGCACCAGUAAAAUUGUGGAUACAGCAACCUGCAACAUACCAUGCUCUGGUGGUGACACAACACAGUGGUGUGGGGGAACUGGCAAGACAGCAGUGUACAGAACAGACACUUUUUGCCCAAUGUUGCCAGUAGGAUCAACAGCAACUGUAAACACCACCCAUCGACUGGCAGGAACUGUGGUUGCAUUCAUUUGCAAAAGUGGCAAUUUUCUAUCUGGCGGUACAAUUUCCAGCCAGACUUAUAAAUGCCUUCCAUCUGGGCACUGGACUCCAACAGUCCAGUCUUGUAUAGGUAUGUAUGUCCAGGGUAUGGUAUGCCUAUUUAGCAGUAUUUUCUGCUAAUCAAACUAUUAAAAGUUUUCUCUUCUAUAAAAAUUUAAUAAUUUUUUCACUAGAAUUAAUCUUUCUAUAAAUUUGACCAAUAUUCCAUUUAGUCAAGACUACAUUUUUGAAAAAAAUAUAUUGCAAUUAUGUUAUGAUGUUAUUUUGAUAGAUAUUUAUAUACAGACACUGUAUGUGUUAGUAUUUAUUCUGAUCACUGUUUUUGUCUGUGUUGAUUGCAUCUGUCUCAUCUGUUUUUAACCCUUUGACUGCCAAACCAUAUCGUUUUUAACAGAAAUUUACUAAAUGACUUUGAUUGGUAAAAUAGCAGGCUCCUUUCUAACAUUACUUUAUAAAAGUAGAUCUUUCUUUUUUUGCAUGUAUUUGGCAGCUUUUGUCCCAUAAGU